CGCGCGCGCGCAGCGCAGAGUGUUUCAUGCGCACCAGAGAGACUCGAGGAACAGACCCAGAGACUCCAACAUCUGGACACACACCAUGAGCGCGCGCGGGUCCUUCUGAUGACGCGACAGUUCCCGGCAUAAGAAUGGAGUUCCCGGAGCACAGCCGGCAGUUGCUGGCGUGCCUGAGUCAGCAGAGACAGCAAGGGUUCCUCUGCGACUGCACCGUCCUGGUGGGACCGACCCGCUUCCGGGCGCACCGCUCCGUCCUGGCCUCCUGCAGCAUGUUCUUCCACCUCUUCUACCGGGACCAGCCGGAGAAACGGGAGCUGGUGCAUCUGAACAGCGACAUCGUGACGCCGCCCGCGUUCGCGGCGCUCCUCGAGUUCAUGUACGAAGGGAAGCUGGCGCUGGGAAGCGUCCCCGUGGAGGACGUCCUGGCCGCCGCCAGCUAUCUGCACAUGUACGACAUCGUGAAGGUGUGUAAGGGGAAGCUGAAGGAUAAGGAGACGUGCGACGGGAUCGGGCAGAAGGCCAACGGUCACCCGGAUCUUGUAAGUGUCAAUUAUGUGUCGGCAGAGGCCGAGGUGUGUGUCCGAACAGCUGGAAGGACAAAAGCGGAUGUCAGGAGUUCCCAAAGGUCGGAUGACACGGAGCGCGCGCUGGAUUUGUCUCUCAAGCCUCUCCGAGACGACGCGUGUGUUUCGGGACAGCUGGCCCUCGACAGCCAGCAGCAGGACACCGAGACACUUGUUAAAGACGAACAUGACUCGCUGUCAGAGCAGGAGGACGCGGAUCCGGAGAGCCCGGAGAGCCAGCGCUUUGGGAAUAACGCCAGGAGUUCGGUGGUGACAGGGUUCGCUGAACUCUUCCCGGGAAACAAGCUCCCCGCGGACGACGAGCUGAUGGACGUGCGCGUGCGCGGCGACAGCGAAGGCGAAGACGAGGACGAUCUGGCGUCGUCGGACAUCUCCACGUCCAGCGGGAUCCUCCUCCCGACGGGGGGCCCGCAGGUGUGUGUGUGUCCGCUGUGCAGCAAGGUGUUCCCGAGCCCGCACGUGCUCCAGAUGCACCUCAGCGCUCACUUCCGGGAGAAGGACGGCGUCCGCUCCAAACUCUCCCCCGACGGGUCCGUGCCCACGUGCGGGCAGUGCGGGAAGACCUUCUCCUGCAUGUACACGCUCAAGCGGCACGAGCGCACGCACUCCGGGGAGAAGCCGUACACCUGCGGGCAGUGCGGGAAGAGCUUCCAGUACUCGCACAACCUGAGCCGGCACGCCGUGGUUCACACUCGCGAGAAGCCGCACGCCUGCAAGUGGUGCGAGAGACGCUUCACGCAGUCCGGGGAUCUGUACCGGCACAUACGCAAGUUCCACUGCGGACUCGUCAAAACGCUCGCCGUCGGAUGAUGACAACAACAAUAGUAACAACAAUAAUAAUAAUAAUAAUAAUAAUAAUAACAUCCAGUGUUUUGCUGUUGGCAGAAUAUUGACACAGUCGUGUCUCUGGCAAUCAAUUAUUUGAUCCAUUUGGGACUGGACAUCGUGUGUGUGUGUGUGUGUGUGUGUGUGUUAAACGGUUAAGCAGCUCCGUCCUGAAGGUUUGAUUUCAUAUCUGCUGUCAUUUAUUAGAGAUUACUGGACCAUUAUUGAGUUUUGAUCAUGUACUGUAUGGUUGAUGAUUUCAUUCAGGUGUGUGUAAUCACACACACACACACACACACACACACACCCUCACAAACAGACAGACAGACACACUCACACACUCA